GAGCGUCACUCUGCCGAAAAGUCCUGGAGACCCAGCUAGCGGGAGCCUAGUGGGGCAAGCGCGUCAUUCUCCAGUCAAACGCCGAUAGACAUCUUGUGGCUAUUAAAAUCGCCCAUCGCCGACAUCCUGUCGUGCUUCAGAAAUCUCGACUCCUGCAACAAAUACACACCCCCAAAUCAUGCCGCCGACACUCAUCCUCGUUCGCCAUGCACAGGCACUUCACAACGCUACCAGCGAUUGGUCAAUCCAUGAUCCGCCACUGACAGACCUGGGGCGCCAACAAAGCGCCGAGCUUCAUGAGAGUCUGAAGGCCAGCGAUCUUGCGAACAAGACGGAGCUCAUCGUAGUCAGCCCGAUGAGACGAACCCUUGAGACCAUGACUAUCGGACUGGACUUCCUGAUCAAGAAUGGUGUGCCCGUUCACCCUGACGCCAACUGGCACGAGAAUGCCGACAAGCCCUGCGACACCGGCAACACCAUGGAUGUCAUCUCCCAGGAAUACCCGCAGUACGACUUCUCAGGCGUCGACCCGCUGUACCCCGACAAGACCAGUAACUUGAAGACGAACCCCUAUGCGUUCACCGAGAAGGCCAUCGUUGCUCGUGGACAGACUUGCCUCAAGGAUCUGUACAGCAGGCCAGAGAAGGUUAUCGCUGUUGUCACACACUCGGGCUUCCUCCGCACAGCGGUCUGCAACCGCAUGUUCUUCAACGCCGACUGGCGGGUGUUCGACUACGAUGAGGAGGAGACCAGGAAGCAGGGUAGAUACGUGCUGAAGGAGUGGGAGGAGACUGAGAAGAAGGGUGGCGGCAUGGGCCGGAGCGACGUCGGCGUGUUCGGCAUCGUAGAAGGCGACUUUCCCCCUGAGGUCGAAGAAGAAGAGGCGAAGAGGGAUCCGCAGGUCAAAGAGAUGGGCGAGGCCAACAGGCAGGUUCCUGCGAAGAAGAGCGCUUGAAACUGCGGAGUGUUGGUUUGCGAUGGUAGAGGCGUGGCGCGGCGAGGCUGUAGAUUUAUGGUUUAGAUAUGCUUAGCCACCAACAGCGACACACGUACUUUGCGACAAUCUCAGGUCGGAGCAAGCCAUCAGGAGCUCUGCC